AUGGCGUCAGAUGAAAGUAUGACCAUCCGCUCUUGCAUCUCCAUGCAGGAAGACGAGUAUGACGAUGAUACGACGGAUGAUGGAUAUGAUCACCAUCCCCAUCUCCACAACUUGUCCAGGCUGUCUAUGUGUACUAGUAGGAGUUCCACCUAUGGUGCUCCUGAUCUGGAUGAAAUUGAUGAUGAUGUUGAUGAUAACUACUUCUACCAAGGCCUACAUCAAGAUCAAGAUCAUGAUGCCCAAGAACAGACUGGCAUGAGUAUGUACAUGUCACUCUUGUCCAUGGAAAGCUUUGACGGGGAUGUAGACGACGAAGAAACAUUAUCAUCCAAUGAUAAACGAACCAAACAAGUACUACUGGAAGCUGGGCUGUCAUCCGACUCCGACAAGGAACCCGGCUGCUGUUACUCGCUUCCGGCGACACCCCGAAGACCAAGGACUCAGGCUAGUGCUCCAGGGGGAAUGCUCCGUUAUAAGCAUCCCAAUCCCAUGUUGGUCAAAGAGUAUGCCAGCGAGAACGAAGCUGAAACGCUGAUGAGCGGCGAUUCCAAGAAGAGGAGCAGGAGGAGAAGUAGGCGGAGAAUCUCAUCAGACAACAAGGAGAACAUGAAUAUGAUGAUGACGAGGAUGGGUAGUAAUCAGCUUGACCAUUGUCAUAGCUUUAGUGGGGAGAGUGAGGGUGGCUCUGGUACAGGGGUGGUGGUGAUAACAAGGCCCAAAGGAGGGAGGAGGUCCCUGUGCAUGGACUUGGAAGAAGUCAAGGCUUGCAGAGAUCUUGGAUUUGAGUUGGAGCACCAGCACAUGCUGCAGGAGAUGCCCUCUCGUCUUUCCCUCUCCACCCCAACUCUCACUCUCGAUACCAACACUACCUGCAGUAGCGGUGGCAACUCCCCCAUCGCUAACUGGCGCAUCUCAAGCCCUGGUGACGACCCACGGGAUGUCAAGGCUCGCCUCAAGGUCUGGGCGCAGGCAGUGGCACUGGCAUCCACAUCAAGACAAGGCAGCGGAGCCGACUAA